AAAGGGUAGAAAAGCUGUCAAUUUAAUUUCUCCUUCCUUUUAUAAACAAAGAAAAACAUACUCCAAGAUCCAAAGCAUACACACCAGCAAAUACAAGAAGAGGAAGAAGAAGAAGAAGAAGAAUGAAAGGAAGAGAAAAUAAAACAGCUCCUCCGGCUGACCUCUUAGUCUGCUUCCCUUCUCGAGCCCAUCUAACCCUCAUGCCCAAGCCCAUUUGCAGUCCUGCACGGCCCACUGAAUCUUCCAAGCGCCGCCACCACCACCACCACCACCUCACCAGGUCUAACAGAGGUGGUCAGGCAAGCCCCCUCUUGUGGGCCAAAAACAAACAGCAGGCUGGCACGGAGAUCGCAGAACCUACAUCCCCCAAAGUCACCUGCGCCGGACAGAUCAAAGUCAGGCCCAAGUCGAGUUCCAAGAACUGGCAGUCAGUCAUGGAAGAGAUCGAGAGGCUCCACAACAGUAGAAAACAGAAGAAGAAACCCACUUGGUUAGAGACACUUGGAUUCAAGAAAGACAUAAUGCAAUUCUUGACUUGUUUACGGAGCCUUCGAUUUGAUUUGCGGUGCUUUGGUUCCUUUCAUGGGUCUGAUGUCACUUCUGACGAGGAAGAAGAUGAAGAAGAGGAGGAAGAAGAUCAAGAAAACCAGGUAAGCACGCAGAGAAGUGAUGGUAGUGGUGCUUCAAGAACCAUCUUUUCCAAGUGGUUUAUGGUAUUACAAGAAAAUCAGAACAAUACGUUCAGUAAAGAAGAGAAAUGCGGAGAAGAACGAGACCUGUCUUGUGACGAAGGAUCAGUGGCCGCUCCUUCUGCUCCUCCUCCCAAUGCUCUCUUGCUCAUGCGUUGUAGGUCAGCACCCGCAAAAGGUUGGCUAGAGGCCAAACAACGAGAGCAAGAAGAAGAACAAGAUACAGUAAAGAAAGAAAAUUUGGCGUUAGAAGAAGAGAGGAAGAAAGAGAGCUUGGUAUUGAUGAGCUACGCUCCUGAUUUCUUCAAGAUAUCUCCUGAUAUUGCCAAGGAGACUUGGGUUGUUGGUAGGAUGAGAGAUCCAUUAUCGAGGAGUCGAAGUUGGAAAAGAUAAUCGUGAUUAUCAUGGUGAAUAAAUUCCUUUUCUUUAAAUUGCAUUUUAUUUUAUUUUAUUUUUUUAAAUGUUGAUGUUAGUUGUUUUUUUUCCUCUGUCCUUUUCCUUUUUCGGAACAUGUUCAUCUCUCCGUCGAGAACCCAACAGCAGCUUCUAGCUAGUUAAUUCGACGUACAUAUAUAUAUAUAUGUACAGAUUUUCUUUUCUUUAUGGAAUUGUAUUUGUUGAAGCUGGAUUUCGAGAAGAUUAUUGAUAGAAUUAUCGAAAUGAUUAUAGUUUUGUAC